CCAUUUUGUAUCGACAUUCUUCAUGUACAAGUAGCUGAAAACCUUCCUCUAGCCCAACGCUCUUCCCGGAAUGAUAGGAUGAGCAGCGCCGUCUCUAGGUCGAAUAAAUUAGUUUACAUCGCCACCGCUACCUUUAUUUUCGUUUCUUUGUCAAAGGUACAGUGUCCCUUCUCUAAUUUGAAGAAUGUCGUGAUAGACCCACAGAACACCUAAAUAGACCCAUUUUGCCCAUUUCCUUUCUCCGUGGAUUGUUGCGUUGUGUCGUGUGUUGUGUAGAUGUUCUCCCUAGUAUCUCGGUGUUCUGUGCUAGUGCCACAGUGAGGUAUUGACCUAGAUGUUUCAAGCUUAAAAUCAUCUGCGCCUGUGGCCGACCGUCACGGCUGCCAAGACAGCCGGCUUAGCAACGGCACCAAAAGUCCGCGAUGAUGCCGAAAAAGAGAGAGGCAGUGAAGAGUGAGAACGAUGUGCUCCGCGUGCUACCACCGCACAAGCGACACAAGAAGCACAAGCACAAGAAGCACAAGCGCAAGCGCGGCACGGACCAGGAGGAAGAAGCACUUUCGCCACCCGUGAGCCCGCAGAGCGGAGGAGAUAAUGGAGGCAAGCCUGCUUUGAAGCUCAAGAUCAAGAUCGGUGGCCAGCAAGCUCUAGAGAAGAACGUCACCCGGGCGGCGGACGAGCCGAGCCUCAGCCACGGCAGCGAUGACGAAGAGGAGGCCUGGCUCGAGGCCCUGGAGUCCGGCCGCCUCGAAGAGGUCGACGACGAGCUCCGCAAGAUGAAGGACCCGACGCUGAUGACGGCGCGGCAGCGCGCACUCCUCGAGAGCAAGUCUAAGGACAAAGAUGAGGACGGCCCUCCCGCCGUUCAGGUGGAGCCUAUCCAGGAGAUGACUGAAGAGAUGAUUCAGCGCAGAAUGCAGCGUGCCAGAAAACGAAAGCAGCAGGCUGAAGAGAAGAAAGAGAAAGACAAGAAGCAGACUAUUGAGCGGCUGCUCAAAAAAUCAGAGUCUCGGCUUCGUGCUUGCAAAAAGCCAGCCAAGAAGGCAGACAUGCCUAAAGUGUCGCUGCUACGAAGCAGUGAAGCUGGAACGCUGUUAGUGUUUCCUCCUGGUAUUCCGUUCCCACUUGUUCCUGCUGUGGCGCCCUGCGAGUACCCACGGAGGGUGCUAUGCAGCAUCAAAGGCUGUUCGAACCCCAAAAAGUACUCCUGCUCCAAAACGGGUGUGUCCCUUUGCAGUUUGGAAUGCUAUAAAGCAAACAUGCUGCAAAUGUGUGUAUGAGGUGUCGUUCAAAAUAAGCAUUUUCAUUUGUUUCCCAUAUCAAGAUUACAUACUGUGCCAGGUCAUAUUCUGGCAAAGAAUAACUGCUUAAGACUUAAAAAGGCAAGGAAGCAUAGAUAGUACUAUUUACUGUGUAUUGUAUAUAAACGCUGUUAGUGUUUCCUCCUGGUAUUCCGUUCCCACUUGUUCCUGCUGUGGCGUCCUGCGAGUACCCACGGAGGGUGCUAUGCAGCAUCAAAGGCUGCUCGAACCACAAAAAGUACUCCUGCUCCAAAACGGGUGUGUUCCUUUGCAGUUUGGAAUGCUAUAAAGCAAGCAUGCUGCAAAUGUGUGUAUGAGGUGUCGUUCAAAAUAAGCAUUUUCAUUUGUUUCCCAUAUCAAGAUUACAUACUGUGCCAGGUCAUAUUCUGGCAAAGAAUAACUGCUUGAGACUUAAAAACGCUAGGAAGCAUAGAUAGUACUAUUUACUGUGUAUUCUAUAUAAAUAGUGGAAAUCAACAAUAAAAUGUAAAAAAUGCAAAUUAAUAGUUUAACACCUUGACAAGGCCACAUCCUCAAAAAAUGUUUAUUUUCGAAGGUUUGCAUAUCUUUUGUCCUUAUUUGCUCACACUUAGUUUAGUUUCUCUACUUGCACGUAAAAAAAAAUUGAUGUCGGAGAAGGUCAAAUACGCUUUUAAAAAGCUUUUAAAAAUCUACAAUGAACCGACUGUCUAGAGUCUCCUGUAUAUUGUCGCCUGGGACUCAUUACUAUUGCAUUUUGCAUGAACAAGUCACCGAAGCCACAUGCUCAAAAUAACCAUGGUUUGUAUGCUCUCAUGAUGGAAAAAAAAUCAUUUAAAAAACAUAUUUUUGCUGCAUAGACGAGCUUUCACUCAUACCUUUGAAAUGUGUUUUUCUCGAGAUCUAGUUUCAGGCAACUUAAGUUUGAAUAUCAUGUUUUUCAUACUUCUAAUAAUGAGAUUAGGAUGAAAUUUAUCUAUACCAUUCUUAGCUAGUGGAAAGUGUAUUUAUCGUUCUUGAAACAUGAUUUACUUUAUAUAUUCAUCAUGAACACAAAGCAAGCAAUUAGUGUGGACUCAGUAUUCAAAACUUCUCACAUUACAAUUUUUUAGGCUAUUACAAUGUCUUAUACGCAUUUUCUUGUUAGUUAUUUGCAUUCUACAGUUAUAGUCGAGCAAUGUGAGCCAUUAAUGUACAUGUGAGGUGUGUUACCGGCAGGGGCAAAGCCAGAAAUGUUUUUCAGGAACGGUUCACGCCAACCCGACUGGGGGAGGGGGGCAACAGGCAUCAGCUUUGCUCUGUGCCGUGACUAUCAGCGGUAAUUUGAGCAGAUUGUGUACAUGUACUGCUAUAUCAAAGUUAUGAGACCCCCUCUCCCUAUGGGUAUGCUUGUGCAGAAAGUAAGUAAUGUAAUCAUAGUAAAAUACAUUGAACGACAGGAAAUUGAUUAAUAUUGUGGGUGUGCUGACACCGCCCGUAAAGUUGUUUGCGCCGCGUGGUGCACCUGUCUCGCACAGAAGCCGUUUUUUAGGGGUGACAACUGCCGGACGAUAGAUGGCGUUGUGUUCGCGUUGAGUACCACUGUUGGUAGAGUGGUAGCGCCGGCGGUGACCCCUGGUGGAAGGCAGGCCUUGGUGACGGGCGAGAGUUGAGCGAGUCUCUUCUGCCCGUGGCAGCUGCCGCAAACGGUUGUCUCUAGCGUGGCACCGCGGGCCCUCGCGCCGGGGGGCCCACGUGGUAAGUCAAGCGUUGGCGACGCCGUCUUGGGUAUGUUGUUGUGUUUGGUGUGUUACUGUGUUAUGUUGUUUGUAUGGUAGUGUUAACUACAAUUGAUGCAUUGAUUCGGCGGAUGAUAUCGUCCUUCUAAACUUAGUUAAAUAAAUGUGUAUGGGUUUGUUGGUUUGUACCGA